AUGGACGGUGCAGUGGAGAGCGGGUUUCGGGCUGCACAUGAAGUUCUUCAUCAACUCGGGUAUCACGACAAAAUCUCCUAUACGGUUUUGAAGGGUUCAGUCUAUGACAGCGAGUACAAGCAACCGGUUACGACUUCAGAGCAUUACGUUGAAAGAACGUCUUAUUGGCGGCGAGGUGUUUUCUUCAUCACAGCCCUAUGCUUGGGUGUUCUUGUGUACAGCAAAAAAUACAAGUUAUCGUACACCGCAAAGGCCAUGAAGCCCCUCGAGAAUGCCCUCAUCAAGUUUUCAACCGGUAUCGACUGGCCCACAUAG